CGACAAAAGAAACAGAAAAAUCGCCGUGCUUUUUCCUAGUACCCAGUACCUUCGUUCUAUGCGAUACGAGCGACUUGUCAUUCCCCCGCAAUGCUGCGCUUUAGGUGACUGCAGAAUGGCCCUUGGCGGCCGGGGGAGGGCCUCGCUCUGGUCCCUGACGACGUCUCAAGCACGGUAUUACCGGACGAACUCACUCUACAAGGCCGGUCCCAGAACAGCCAUCCACAGAGACAGCCUGCAAAAGACCCUCGAGGCCCAUCGUGUCGCAAACCGAGCGAAAGUCAUUCGCAAGGUCUACCUCAAUGAGCCGGACCCUCGUAUCUAUCGGCCCUUGAUUCUCCAGCCGGAUGCUGAACCAAAUACAACAAAUCAACCAUCAACUGCGCAGGAGCCGGAAAUCAGUGAAAAACCAUUGCUUACGAAGCAGCUAGAUGGCAGGCAGGAAAAACCUUCAAAACCAAGCAAGCGGGCGUCACUAGGUGUAAGGGGAGGCCGAGUUGCACAAUGCCCUUGGCUUGGCUUGAGUAAGUCUGGAAGGGCCGAGACGGGCGAGUCACGUCUAAGUACCGAAAUAUCAGCUCUUGCAGAAUAUCUCAGACCGUCACAUCCAGAAGAAUCGAUUGUCUCGCGCAUAGUGGGCAAAAUAGCAGAACAUGUGGCAGCAGCGGUACCCAACGCGUCAGAAUUGGUUGGCUCGCGAUCAACUCAAAUAGCGAUCAGCUCUUCUGAUAUUAACCUCAUGAUUCUCGUGGAUCCGCCUACUGGAGAUCGCGCAUCAAGUUCAAUGAAUCCAAAAACUACCAAAACCUUCACUAGCAUAAUCGAAAAACUCCAUGCUGAAAUCCGUCGAAACUCAGUGUUUGACGACUUGGCCAUAGUUGAAGGGAAAAGUCCAAUAUUGAGCAUGACUCACCAGGCAUCGGGUCUACCGAUCAAAAUAUUCUGCGGGUAUAACCUUCCUCACUCGGACGCUUAUAUUACGGCAAGCCUGAGUACUCUUCCAUCGCUCCUACCGCUAUAUGUCGUCUUGAGAGCCCUUCUUGAAAGUAGGAAUCUCUUCGGGUGGGAAAAAGCGUCCUUAGACUCCUACGGCUUGAUUCUGAUCAUAUCCGCCUUUCUGAAACAGAAAAGCCCUGAAUGGCAAAAAAGGGGGUUAGGCGAGCAGUUACUAGCUCUACUAGAUACAUACAGCUCGCAGGUCAAUUUGGAAACCGUUGGCGUGGCUGUAGAACCAGCGAGUUUCUUCACUCUCUCAAGUGUCCGUCGGGCUGAAAAAGAAAACCAACUUAGCGAAUUACACCCAGUCCUCAUCGGACAACGCGCUCUACUUCGAUUCAAAGUCCACGCCGCCAGCAAGGCGAACUACCUGGCUGCGAAGCACUUAUGUAUCCAGGAUCCUACGAAUCACUUGCACGAUGCCGGACUGCAGUGCGUUCGAACUGCAGAGCUGCAGGGGAUUCUUGCUGAUGCUCACCGUGACUUGACGUUUGCGGUUGGGAAGUGGGAUCAGUCGGAUACUAGCAUUCUUGGUCAAGCUCUACAUGCGAAUUUUGACGAUCUCGAACGAAUAAGAACGGCAAUGACAGUGCUAUGAUUACUGUAUUAUAUUAUAAACCAGAUUUUUAUGCAUCAUAGGAGUUUUGAGU